AUGUCUUUUAUAAAAAGCCGGGCGAGUGACAGUUGUCCUCUAUUCGGAAAUGCUAAGGAUAUUUGUGUGGACAGUUCCGUUCAACUUCCGACUUACCAGGACAUGAUACAGUGUUAUGAAAGUGUUCGUCGUGAACUUAAAGGGGAAGGUAGCAAACAACCUUCUGCAAGUGAAAUCGCUAAUACCGUGGCAAAAAAAGUGAAAGACAUAUGGAUUCGUGCAUCACUUCCAGUUCUAGGACAUACGCGUAUUUGCGAGAUGAUUGUAGCUUACAAUAAAAAAUAUCGGACUAUUCUUAAACCUUUUAAAAGUAGAAAAACCCCAUUUCUCGAUGAAAAGUUAAACAAGUUUAAAUUAGACUCCCUUAAAAUUUUUGACAUUUGUGCUUGUAAAUGUGUGAACUUAAAGAAUUGCAAGUGCGAUAAAUCACGUAAAAUACCAGAAGUAGAGUGGGAAUUUAUUACCGAUCAACGAAAUGACAGAAGAAUGAUAAUAGGAGGUAUUGAUAAAGUUAAAACUGCACAACUUAACAAACAAAUGUUAAGAAAAGAAAAAGAGGCAAAGAGAUACACUAAAAAUGAAACUGAUUUCUUAUUAAGAAAUCAUAAGGAAUCCUUACCUGGUACUAGCGGCACACAAAAGGUAACUGACAUUAUUACGGAUUCUGAUUUGAAUGAAACUUCUUCAGAAUCUUCUCUUGUUGAAGAUAGCGAAGAAGAAUUUAAAUGUCCUUAUGUUGAUAAACCUAAGAGGCUUAAAAUACUAAAAACAAAGCAGCAAAUGAGAACGCCAUUGCCUUGUACUGCACAAAUAGCGGACCUAACUGGUGCAUCUAAUAGAACUGUAGCUAAAAUUGCAUCUGCAGUACUAGAAGAUAUGAAAAUAAUUGCUCCGGAUAAGUUAUCUAACGUCAUAGAUAAAAACAAGGUCCGUAGAGAAAUAGAAAAAAAUCGAAAAGCUCUUCAGCAGAUACCUCUCGCUAUCACAAUAAAAGGGUUAUACUUUGAUGGGCGCAAAGAUAAGACACUGCAUCAAGUUGACGGAAGACGAACUACGAAACUUGAAGAACAUAUUUCAAUAAUACAAGAGCCAGGAAGUAUUUACUUUGGACACGUAACUUUACAGACUUCCGGAACUGCAGAACAUAUUUUUAAUGGACUAAUUUCAUCCUUAGAAAAACAGAACACAGAUCUUAAUGAAGUAGUAGUAAUCGGCUCUGACGGAACCAAUGUAAAUACAGGAUGGAAAAACGGAGUCAUUCGCAAAAUUGAAAGUCACAUUGGCAAACCAUUGCAGUGGAGUAUUUGUUUGCUACACGCCAAUGAGCUCCCUCUAAGACAUUUGUUGCAAGAGUUAGAUGGCAUCACAAAAGGACCUUACACAUUUUCAGGUCCGAUAGGCGCACUUCUUAAAGAAUGUGAAACAAGGUCCGUGGUUAAAUUUGAAUCAAUUUCUUGUGUGCUCCCAGUUGUGAUACAACAAGAUUUAAGUAAUGAUCAACAAUACCUUUAUAACAUUUGUCUGGCAAUUAACGCGGGAUAUUGCCAAGAAAGCUUAGCGAAUAAAACACCUGGAAAAAUGAGUCAUGUUCGCUGGCUUACAACAGCUAAUAGGUUGUUACGGUUAUAUGUGUCUACAAAUGACCCCUCCGAAAAUUUAAGAGUGCUUGUAAAGUUCAUUAUAAAAGUAUAUGCGCCAAUGUGGUUCCAAGUUAAAUCUAAACCCGUAAUAGAAUACGGUGCAAUACAUUUAUGGAAUGCGAUUAAAGCAUCAAGAGAACUUCUAGGUAAUGUGCAAAAUAUAUUUCAGAGGGUAAUUUCAACCAACUCAUAUUUUCUGCACCCUGAAAAUUUACUCUUAGCAAUGCUUUUUGAUUCUCGUGAUCAUGUUAGAGAACUAGCAGUGCGUCGAAUUAUUAAAGCUAGAAAACAAAAAUCAACAGAAGUUGUACGAUAUUUUAAAAUUCCAGACAUACAGUUUGACGCUGAUGAUUAUAUUUUUUUAAUUGAUUGGCAAAAGUGUUUUUUAUCAGAGCCUCCUUUAACAACGAAGCUUACUGACGAUUUCCUUCUUAAGCUAAUCAAGGAUAAAAGGGCACCCGACUUUAUUGACAGAUUCCCAUGUCACACACAAGCCGUAGAACGGUGUGUGAAAAUCGUAACAGAGGCUUCGGAAAAAGUAUGUGGAGAAACGACAAGAGACGGCUAUAUUAGAGCGAAACUAAAUGCUAGAAAAAAGUUACCAGAAUUUGAAAACAAAAAUCAGUUACUUACGAUGGAAUAUAUUAAUGGUUUGUUAAAAAGUUUUGAAGCUGAAGUUCCCGCUUAUCUCAAAUCACUUCUUAUAUACAACGGAUUUGAUAAUUUAUAUUCCCUUUCACAGUUUAAUAUUGAUGAAGACAUUGAGAGAAUGGAGUGUUAUGCAAGGGACGUCCUUUCAAAGGUAUUGAAAGGAGAAGAAAAAAAAGCAAUGAAGAAUCAGAAAAAAAAUAAACUGCUAAAACGUCCACUUCUUUGUGAAAGGUCUGAAGGCUGUCCAGCUGAAAAAACUUUCCCCAAAAAGAGAAGAACAGUGACAAAUAAAAGUACAUCUCGAUCUGAGAGUGGUAAUGAAGGCGAUGGUUUUUGUACUCCAAAUGAUGGUUGUGUUUCUCAAGAUGAAGAGCAAGUUAAUUAUGCGAUGCAGCAUGUUUUAAAUAUUAGUCGAAGCUAUAUCGAUAAAUUUUCACGAAAUGAAUUCGACAAAGGCAAAAUUAGUGAAGAACGAUUACAAGAUGUUUUAAAUAAUUCCAAAAACCUUAAAGUCAAAAUGGAUGGUGAAUUUACUGCAAAAAUAUCUUGCCCUUUAUGUACAUUUAUUUCUUCAGCCUAUUCAGUGAAGAACUCCAAAACCGGAAGAAAAUGGGUGAUUUCAAACUUCCUGAGACAUUAUAAAAUACAUUUUAAAGAUGAUGGAACCAACUUAACUAAAAAAUUACCGAUUAAACCGCAGAAACCCGAAAUUCAGACCACUAUACUUAACUUUAUAAAAAAAGAUGCUAAUAAAAAAUGUGACUUAAACCAAGAUUUUGAAGAUCCAAGAGGAAAUCUCUUUGACCUAACCGAUCCCAAUACAGAUUUAAAUUAUGGAGCUUCGACAUCAUCUGGAUUGCACUUGGAAUUGACUACUGAAUUGAGUCAAAAUGAUUCGUUCAUUGACCAAAAUUACGAAAUUCAUGAUGAGGCACAGCAAAAUAAUCCUAAUGGGGUUUUUUUACACUAUAACACAGACCUCGACACAGACUCUCCAACAGAUAAUCAAUCGUCGAGUCAACUAAGAACAAUUGUUGUUAAUGAUUUUUCUACUGAGGAACAUCAAGGAGCCAGCCAAGUUGUAAAUGAUAUCCCAGUAUCUGAAUUAGAGUAUAAUCCAGACAAUUCAUCUCCAUCGGAAGAUUUUUUCUUUCUUGACAAUGUAGCGGAAAUCAAUCAAAGCAAUAAUGGUUCUGAAAAAGUAAAGUCUCCCAAAGCUAAAUCUUUAUUUGAUGAUAGCAAUUCCAGAAGAGAAAGAAGCUUGCGCAUAUUAAAUGAGUUACCAUAUCAUCAAACACAAAUAACAACUUUUCUAAAUACCAUAAAUCAUGCCAUAGACAAUAACCCAGAAGUUACAAACACCCUAAGUAUCCUUACCGAAAAUCAAGGCAUUAAUAAAUUUAAUUAUGGCACCAAAGGCCUACUAAAAUAUCUAUUAGACUCAGCAAUAAGAAACUCUAAAAAUAAAUCAGGACACACAAAUAAAUUUGAUGAUGGAAUGAAACGAUUCUGGCUUUAUAUAUUCAUUAGCGCAGGAAGGAUGAGUUAUGAAAUAUUGCACUCAAAUUUAAAAAAUAUACUGCAUUCUGUCACAACUAUUCACAGACAACUAGAAGAAAUGAAUAAUAUAUUAGAGGGUGAAGUGAGAAUUGAAGACUUAAAACUUUAUUUACAAAAGAGAAAUUAUCCACCCAUAAUUUUUAUAUCCGAAGAUCAAACUGCACUCAUCAAAAAAGUCCAAUAUGAUUCAGCUUCAAAUCAAAUGGUUGGCUUUGUAGCACCUUUACAGGAACAGACGAGAUUUCCUCGCAUUAACAAAUUCCCAGUUGAUUCAGUUAGCGACAUUGAAAAUGCUUUUAAGAAUAAAACAUUAGCAAUAAAUGCAUAUAUUUUUAUGGCUCAGCCAUUAGUAGAUGGAUCACCCGCAUUUUGUAUAUCAAUAUUUGGCAGUGAUAAUAGAUUUACCUCAGAAGAUGUUUAUAAACGAUGGCAAUAUCUCAUAAAGGAAGCAGGAAAACAUGGAAUUACAAUUUUGGGCUUUUCAAGCGAUGGUGACACUCGGUGCUUAAAAAGUAUGAAAAUUAUAUCGAAAUUGUCAUUUACUUCAUUGAACCCUUACUCUCCCUAUUUUCAGGCGAAUUACAAUUUAGAAAAUCCAGCAGUUUUUCAAGACACUAUACAUAUAUCAAUGAAGCUUAAGACUCGUUUAUUAAAUGAAAAUAUUUCUAUGAAUAUGGGAGGAAAACGAGUAUCUAUUGACAAUAUCCGGUACAUAAUUGAAAACUAUCCUAGAGAUAAACACUUAUUAUGCAAGAGCUUCCUUGAAUCUUCCGACAAAAUGAACUUCAAUGCAAUAGACAAGUUAAGUUCUGAACAUGUCACAAAUAUGCUUAAGGAAGUUCCCAACGCCGAAGCUACAAGGCAAUAUUUAAUACUGACUCGCAACAUAUUGGAUGCAUUCUUGUUAAAAGAAAUUAGUGUUGAAAGACGAGUAUACCUAAUUUGGUAUUCAACUUUUUUCAUGCGUAUUUGGAAAGCCUGGCUAAAAAAAAAUGGUGAAAAUAUCCAAAAGAAUUUUAUCACCACAAAUGCCUAUACAUGCAUAGAAAUAAACGCUCAUGGAAUUAUUUUAGUCAUUGAAAAACUUCGGCAAAAUGGAAUUUCAGAAGCUUUUCUUCCAUGGCUGUAUAGCAGUCAGCCAUGUGAAAAAGUAUUUAGAGAAACUCGGUCCAUGAGUAGUACAUUUUCAACUAUGAUAAAUUAUACACUGCUGGAUGUUUUAAGAAGAUUAAAACGUAUACAAGCUAUGCAUGAGAUAAGCACAGACUUAGGUCCCAAUUUUAGAUUCCCCAGGCAAGAAAACAAACGACUUGGAAAUAAUUCAAGUGUCUUUAAAGUAACUGAGUUUCCAUCAACUGAUGAAAUGAUUAACAUAAUUAAAAAGGCCCAAGAAGACGCACUAUCUGACGCUAAAAAAAUUGGGAUGGAAAUGAACAGGGAUUGUUGUAUAGAAAUUAAUUUACCGACUUGUGACAAUCCGGAAGAGCAAGAAGAGGUGCAGGGAAGUAUAAUUAUCACUGAUACCAUUUCAAAGGAACAUGAGCCAGACCUCGAGCCAGACUUUUCUAAUGAAGACCGGGAGUUUCUUGAAUAUACCUCUACAUUUAAUAAUUAUGACUCUUUACAUUUGAGAGACUAUACGGGUCAAAAGAAAGCACAAAAAUCGUGUCUGUCAGUGACACUUAAAGACAAAAAAACACGAAUUAUAAAAAAAUCUACUCUAAUUUGGUUUUUUCAGGAAAAACAGGGUCGUUUAUCAACCGACAGACUGCUCCGGGUAAAGGGAAUGACAGUUAAAAAUACGCAUAAGGGGUUAUCAAAAAAAAAACAGUUCAGGAAAAAGCCAGGCCAAGGACUUCAACCAGCAGGCAAUAUCAAAAAAAGAAAAAUGUUUCGUCAACCUCAUGAACGAGCUCAUAAAGAUAGUACAUCUGAAUCUCGAUCUGAAUCAGAUGAGAUUAGCUUAGAAAGUGAAACUUUGAGUGAAGAUUUCUCUGACUUAGAAGAUUGCCAUAACGAAAGUACAAAAAUGCCAGUAAUUCAGCUAGAAUCUUAUUAUGCUGUGUUUUAUGAUACACAAUGGUAUCUAGGGCGUGUCAUCAACAGCUACAGCUCAGAAAAGUUUAAAGUGAAAUUUUUACAACAAGACCUGGAUACUUUUAAGUGGCCCAAAAAAGAUGAUAUCCAAGAUGUUCACAAAGAGUUUAUAUUUUAUGGACCAGUUAGUCUAAGCGGAACUGAACCAUUUUCUUUAAAAAGAAAUGAUUUGAUUGCUAUUAAACAGAAAUACAAAACAAUCAAAUCCAUCAAAUCAUUAAAAAAUUAAACAUAUUUUUUUAUGUUAUUUAUUAUGUUAAUAAAGCUACUUUGCUUAAU